AACUGAGGGGAGAUUAUGACUGUGUUUUCAAAGAACUACAACAAAAAACCCACCAUUACAACAAAGCAGAGUCAUACUCAGAACCCUCUGCAGGUUGGGAGUGAAAUCCAGUCCAGGUUUUUUGCUGCUCAGGGCUGCAGUCAAAGCCCCUUCCAGACUGCUGCUACCACAGCUCCUCCCCAACAGACAGCUACCCCUGCUGAGUCCCUCCAGGUGGACCUCUUGCCUGUCUUGGCUGCAGCCCAGGAAACAGCUGCUGCUGCUGCUGUAGUUGCUGCUGCCACUGGUUCUGCAUCAGCUGCUUCCACAGUAGACACCGCUGCCUUGAAACAGCAGCAACCUUCUGCCUCUGAGGCUGGUGGUGGCCAGGUAGCACCACCUUCUCAGACCACCCAAGCCCCAACUCCUCAGGCAGCUGCUGCUACACCACAGGCAGGUGAGGCCCAGAAGAAGCCGAAGAGUAAAGGUCCAUACAUCUGCUCCUUGUGUGCAAAAGAAUUCAAAAAUGGCUACAACCUGCGACGCCAUGAAGCCAUUCACACAGGGGCCAAAGCUUCUCGUGCUGGGCCCACAACCAUGAAGAUGCCAACCAUGGUUCCCCUCAGCUUGCUUAGUGUUUCUGCCAUCGGUGGUACGGCUCCUACAACACCUGCUCCUGCCGAGGGUUCAGGAAAUACAGCAGGGUCAGGAGCAGGGUUGGUAACCACUACAGCAUCAGGCAAACGCAUCCGGAAGAAUCAUGCUUGUGAGAUGUGUGGUAAAGCUUUCCGGGACGUCUACCACCUUAAUCGGCAUAAGUUGUCACAUUCGGAUGAGAAGCCCUACCAGUGUCCUGUCUGCCAGCAGCGGUUCAAGCGGAAGGACCGCAUGAGCUAUCAUGUCCGUUCGCAUGAUGGUGCUGUGCACAAGCCGUACAUCUGCAGCCACUGCGGGAAGAGUUUCUCCCGGCCGGACCAUUUGAAUAGCCAUGUGCGGCAAGUCCACUCAACAGAGAGGCCCUUCAAAUGUGAGACUUGUGAAGCAGCCUUCGCUACGAAGGAUCGGCUUCGGGCUCACACGGUCCGUCAUGAGGAGAAGGUGCCAUGUCAUGUCUGUGGAAAGAUGCUGAGUGCUGCCUACAUUACGGACCACAUGAAAGUACACAGCCAAGGGCCUAAUCAUGUCUGCGAACUGUGCAACAAAGGUACGGGUGAGGUCUGCCCCCUCGCAGCAGCCGUCUCGGCCCCACCUCCCGCUGCCGUCACGGUGCUGCCCAUGGAGGGAGCUUCGGUUGUGAGCCAAGCCCUCCCCACACAGCCCUGGUGAUUUCUGGGAGUGGGGAGGCAGAAGCCCACCUUCCCAGUCCUAUCCCUUUCCCUCAUUGGCAGCUGGAGCCUCCAAGCCCAGAUGGAUACACAGUGGCCAUAUAUGGGUUUCUAAUUUAAUGGUGGUUUCAUUCAUUCUCUCCCCCACCUAUGCUCGUGAAAUAGUGGGGCCAGGGAAGCACCUGCCCAGCCAAGGCACAGCUCUUGUUCAGAGAACCAUGGAAGGGCUUUGUGUGCAUUCAGAAAGCACCCUCGUUUUAUUGACUCCCCUGCUCAAGAAUCCUUAAUUCCUAGUCCCUCCAGCAGUCCCAGAAGUCCAUGCUCCCCUCCAAUACCUAGCUACAGUCUCCAUCAAUGUAAAUCUCUUGCUAAUUCCAGCUGUGCCCCCCUUGUCCCAAAUCAGCUACACAAAAAGAAUAUUGUCAGAAAGAUUUCUCAAGUUCACUCAGGAAGAGAAAGAGGAGGGCUAAAGGCUGGGAUAGCAGUGGAACAGAAUUAUGGGAUGACAUUACAGCUUGAGGGAACCCUGAGUUUGGAAUAAUAGGAGUUUGAUUAAGGGAUGGACAGAGUUUGUGGAACCCACAGGCAAGUUAAAAGAGGGGUGCAAAUCAGGACUUGGGCAUCAGAGCCACCUGGAGCUUGACCCUGGGGUAGCCGGGAGGGCUGCAGUGGGAUGCAGAGGAGGAGAUGCUAUUUCUCCAUGAUUUCACUGUGGAGUACCCUCCAUUCCCCUGCUGAGGAGCUGUUCUGAAUUUCCCUUCUUCCCCCAGCACCUCAUUCUUCUGUGGUGUCUGUUUUAAUGCUCCAUUCCCUCAGCUUCUCUUGUGAUUCGUGUUCCAAGCGCAUCAGCCCUUGACACCAAGCAUUGAUACCCCACCUGCUGAACCCCUUCCUUGUUGCAUGCAACCCCCCAUGGUUCGGGGUUAGAGUCUCUCGCUUUUUUGUAUUAUAUAUAUAAAAAAUCCCCUGACAUUUAAAAUAACCCCCUUUGUGUUUUUUGUUUUUGUUAACACAAAUGUAAUGAAGAUGUCCAUCUAUCCUCUUGCCUUGUUCCUCCCCCUUAGCCCCAUUUCUUCCCUCUUCUGUACACCCUUUCUGGAUAUGUGUCUCAAAAGCAAACAAUUUUAGUAAAAACAUUGAAGGAAAAAAGA